AUGCCAUAUUCCGUCAUCAGGCAUGGUCAAAACUAUCGUAGCGACUCGCCGCCACAAGUGACCGUCGACGAAGCGCCAUCUGCUCCGAGCCAUGAGAGAAACUACAGAGGCUUCAUUGGGGGAGCGGUAUCGGGUGCGGCGAAACUAGUGGUCGGCCAUCCAUUCGACCUCGUCAAGAUACGACUACAAGUAUCCGGGAAAGAUCAAUUCACUGGUCCGAUCGACUGUCUGAUCAAGACUGUUCGAAGGGAAGGGCCUCAUGCGCUUUACAAGGGAGUUACACCGCCCAUGCUUGGAUGGAUGAUCAGCGAUUCUGUCAUGUUGGGAAGUCUUACGUUCUAUCGAAAGGCGAUACUCGAACAUGGCUACAAGCAGACGACAUUGUCAAGCAAGCUCUCAUCAACACAGAUAAGCGAACGUUUACCGACGUUGGGACACGCCGUGGCUGGUAUGCUCGCUGGCUGGACUGUAUCAGUGGUAGCCUGUCCUAUCGAACAGGUGAAAAGCCGGCUACAGGUGCAGUACGCCGCGAACAAGAGCCAAAGGUUCUACAGUGGUCCGAUCGACUGCGCAAACAGGAUCGUGCGUUCCCACGGGCUGACCGGUCUAUAUCGCGGCUUCACUUCCUCUCUUGCAUUUCGCAGUUUCUUCUUCAUGUGGUGGGGCAGCUACGAUAUCUUCUCGAAGGCAUUCAAGCGCACUACAAUCUCUGAGCCAAUAGGCAAUUUUCUGGCAGGUGGACUUUCAGCGCAAGUUUUCUGGCUGGGGGCUUUCCCGCUUGAUGCUAUCAAAGCGAGGAUAAUGACAGACCCAAUGGGUGGACGACUUGGCGACGGUGUGCCGAAGUACAAUUCGAUGCGGUCAGCAGCGAGCUCAAUAUACCAACAAGGAGGUUUGAGGGGAUUCUAUAGAGGGUUCGUCCCAUGUUUUCUGCGAGCAUUUCCAGCGAAUGGCACGGCAUUAUUGGCGUUUGAAGCAACGAUGAGGUGGAUGGACGGUGCUACAACAUCCAGGGGCAUGUCUUUGAUGUGA